AUGCCUUACGACAAUUACGGUAACUGGUACUCCUACAAAAGCAGUGGAGUUAACAACGAGGGAAACCACUACUGCUCCCGUGAUUACGGUUCGGGGGCAUCCAACCCCAACUCGUACCAUUACUCCAACCAGGAUGGUUCCUACUAUUAUUCAAACCCUGACGGCAGCACGUACUACAACGAUGGCAAUGGCUAUGCUGUGUACACCCCUCCUUCUGCCACCACCGAGUACUCUCAGGAGUCUGAUGACUGGGCAAAUUAG